AUGGAUUCCAACCGGGAGAAGGAGACCGCGGCUGGAGUCGAACACGCCGAUCUUGCACUUGACAAACACGACGUGACCGUUCAGCUUGCCCACGAUGUCGAAAACACUGUGUACUCGCCAUGGUCGCCGCCGAUGCUCCGCCUCUAUCUCGUCUUGUCGAUAAGCUAUCUCUGCGGCUGCCUCAACGGCUACGACGGCAGUUUGAUGGGCGGCCUGAAUGGAAUGACGAGUUAUCACCAUUAUUUUGACAUGACCACAGCAGGGUCCGCUACAGGGCUGGUCUUCGCCAUGUACAACAUCGGCUCGGUGGCCGCCGUCUUCUUCACGGGGCCGGUCAACGACUACUUUGGCCGGCGAUGGGGAAUGUUUGUCGGCGCCUUGAUUGUGAUCAUUGGGACGUGUGUCCAGGCGCCGAGCACCACGAAAGGACAGUUCCUGGGCGGCCGGUUCGUGCUCGGCUUCGGGGUCAGCUUCUGCUGCGUCUCGGCACCCUGCUACGUCUCGGAGAUGGCUCACCCCAAGUGGCGUGGCACUCUAACAGGACUGUACAACACCACUUGGUACAUUGGCUCGAUCGUCGCAUCCUGGGUCGUCUACGGGUGCGCCUUCAUCGACAACCUGGACGCCUGGCGUAUCCCCAUCUGGUGCCAGAUGGUAACUUCGGGUAUCGUCUGUCUGGGAGUGCUUUGGCUGCCCGAGAGCCCCCGGUGGCUCGUGGCCCAAGACCGGCACGAGGAAGCCGCCAAAGUGCUAGCCACAUACCACGGCGAAGGCCGGGCCGACCACCCGAUGGUCCAGCUUCAGAUGCGCGAGAUGAUGAACCAGAUCUCCACCGAAGCUUCCGACAAGAAAUGGUACGACUACCACGAGCUCUGGAACACGCACUCAGCACGCCGCCGCCUCAUCUGCGUCAUCGGCAUGGCCGUGUUCGGCCAGAUCAGCGGCAACAGCCUCUCCUCCUACUACAUGGUCACCAUGCUCCAAUCCGCCGGCAUCACCGAACAGCACAAAGUCCUCGCCCUCAACGGGAUCAACCCGGCGCUCUCCUUUCUCGGCGCCAUUCUCGGCGCGCGCAUGACCGACGUGGUCGGGCGCCGGCCCCUGCUGCUGUACACCAUCGUGUUCGCGUCGGUGUGCUUCGCCAUCAUCACGGGCACCAGCAAGAUGGCGACCGACGACCCGACCCAGGUGGCGGCGGCCAACACCACCAUCGCCUUCAUCUUCAUCUUCGGCAUCGUGUUUUCCUUUGGUUGGACCCCGCUGCAGAGCAUGUACAUCGCCGAGACCCUGCCCACGGCCACGCGCGCAAAGGGCACCGCCGUUGGUAAUUUUUCGUCCUCGGUCGCGUCUACCAUCUUGCAGUACGCGUCGGGCCCGGCGUUUGAGAAGAUUGGGUACUACUUUUAUUUGGUCUUUGUCUUUUGGGAUCUGCUCGAGGGUGUCUUUAUGUAUUAUUACUUCCCUGAAACCAAGGAUAGAAACUUGGAAGAGCUCGAGGAGGUAUUUGCGGCGCCAAACCCGGUCAAGAAGAGUCUGGAGAAGAGAAGCGCGCUGACUGUUCUGAAUACCGUGGGGGCGCAGAGGGAGAAGCUGGGUGAUGAAGUUUGA